AUGGUUAAUGAUGCAUUUCAUGAAACUACUGCUGCAUUUCCUGAGAAUAAUACAGAAGAACCCAACGUAGAUGCACAACGUUUUUAUGCUAUGUUAGAUGCUGCAAAUCAACCUAUCUACGAUGGAUGUAGAGAAGAGCAUUCUAAGUUAUCAUUGGCAUCUAGGAUGAUGACAAUUAAAGCUGAUAAUAACUUAAAUGAGAAUUGCAUGGAUUCUUGGGCUAAACUCAUUAAAGAGUAUUUGCCAGAUGAUAAUGUCUCGACUGAGAACUACUAUGAAAUACAGAAUUUGGUUGCGACUCUUGGAUUACCAUCUGAAAUGAUUGAUGAAUGUCGGUUUUGCGAGAAGCCGAGAUAUCAGCCUACUCAAGGAAGGACACGAGUACCAUAUAAACGUAUGUGGUACUUGCCUGUUGCUGAUAGAUUGAAAUGCCUAUACAAUUCAAAACGGACUGGAGCGGCAAGGAGAUGGCAUGCAGAACAUUCUACUCAAGAAGGAGAAAUUACACACCCAUCUGAUGCAAAGGCGUGGAAAUAUUUUCAAUCGGUCUAUCCUGACUUUGCUCAAGAGUGUAGGAAUGUUUAUCUUGGGUUGUGUACAGAUGGUUUUAGUCCAUUUGGUAUGUCAGGGAGGCAAUAUUCUUUAUGGCCUGUUAUAUUGACGCCAAACAAUCUUCCUCCAGAUAUGUGUAUGCAAAGCAAAUUUUUGUUCUUGAGUAAUUUGGUACCAGGUCCAAAGCAUCCGAAGCGAGCUCUAGAUAUCUUCUUGCAACCUCUGAUUCAUGAGCUGAAGCAAUUGUGGUAUGAAGGUGUUCAGACGUUUGAUUCGUCGCGAAAAAAGAAUUUCAAUAUGCGGACAGUGCUAAUGUGGACGAUUAGUGACUUCCCUGCGUACGAAAUGUUAUCUGGGUGGACAACACACGAAAGAAUAUCAUGUCCUUAUUGUAUGGAUCGUACCGAUGCAUUUCAGUUAAAGUAUGGGCGAAAAUCUUUUUGGUUUGAUUGUCAUCGGCGGUUUCUUCCCUUGCAUCAUCCGUACCGGAAGAACAAGAAGUUUUUUAGAAAGAACAAGUUUGUGCGUGUUCCUCCACCAACUUAUGUCUCUGGAAAUGAUUUGUUUGAGCAGAUUGAUUACUAUGACGCUCAAGAAACAUGUAAACGUGGGGGUAACUAUCACACACCAGCAAACAUGCCAGAUGGAUAUGGAAGCGCUCACAAUUGGCACAAGCAGAGUAUUUUAUGGGAGCUUCCAUAUUGGAAAGAUCUUCUAUUGCGGCACAAACUUGACGUGAUGCACAUCGAGAAAAAAAAUUUCGAUAAUUUCAUCGUUACGCUUCUGAAUGUGCAGGGUAAAACAAAAGAUAGCAGGAGAUCUAGGUUGGAUUUGGCGGAAAUAUGCGCAAGGAUCGAUUUACAUCUUACAAGAGAGGGGAAAGUUAAAGGAAGUUUGGUGGGAAGACUUGCUGGAAAGUUAAAGGAAGUUUGGUGGGAAGAUCAUAGCUAUUGUCGAGCAGCUCACAAUUACAUCUUGAGGAAUCUAGAUUAUGUUCAACUUUUUGAAAGACUUUUUGAAAUGCAGAUUCGUGAAGCAUAUCCUAAUUUAGAAGAAUCUGACUAUAAGGCUUACAAAGAGCGGGAUUUCGCUAAUUGGUUAAAAUACUAUGUUCAGAAUGGAUGUGGAAAUGAACCCUUGCCUCUUUGGUUGCAUGAGCUCGUUCAAGAACCAAGAGCGAAGAUCACUACUGCUCUGAUGUACUUUACUCACGGUUAUACUUUUCAUACGUACGCACACGGAAGUUGCAAAGCUACAUCAAAUUAUGGAAUCUAUGUACAAGCUGGUGAUAGCGAUUUCUAUGGCGUUUUGCAACAAAUAUUAGAAGUUGAUUAUCCAGGCCUUCUGAAUCUGAGAUGCGUACUUUUCAAGUGUAACUGGUACGAUCCAUCAGCCCGUGGCGUGUGGAUUCGUGAAGCAUAUCCUAAUUUAGAAGAAUCUGACUAUAAGGCUUACAAAGAGCGGGAUUUCGCUAAUUGGUUAAAAUACUAUGUAAGUAUAGAUAUAUNUAAAGUUAAUCCUCGAGGCCGUAUAAUCGGGUUAGUUGAUGAUCAAGUCAUGUUGCAACAAGAAAGGAUCGGUGAAAUUUCCAUUCCAAACAUGUCAACAGAAGAUGUUAUCCUUAUUGAUCCACAAAACAGGCAAGUUGAAGAUGUUGAUGAUGUUUCUGAAGAAGAGGGUGAAUUAGACGAAUUCGAAGAGUCCGAUGAUGGAGAAAAUUCUAAUGAUGAUAAUGUAAUUUCUAGUAGUUCAGAAAAUGAAUCUGAUUGA